AUGGAGAAGGCGAACAGUAGUGAACCAAGGUCGCAGGACACCGAUGAUGUUCCACGGGUGCGGAAUUUGUUGCUACGGUCGAUGUGUGCCGUGUACCUGAUGGCAUUCGUUGGAUUUUAUUGUCAGGCUGAAGGUCUUUACGGUGAUGCGGGCAUUCUUCCGGCGAGCCGGAUCCUGGCGAACGGCACGCUGAAGGAGCGGCUAAGCCUGCUCCAGCUCGGACCCUUCCUCGGGCUCGGCAGUGGGCACGAGGCAAUUGAUUUGUUGUGUCUGGUCGGGGCAACCGUCGCCUUUCUCGGUCUCAUCACCCGCACCCACUGCCGGCUGAUCAGCUUCAUCCUGAUGUGGUCGGUGUACUUUUCGCUGGUCCAGAUUGCACAGUCCUUCCGCCAGCAGGCCGAUCAUCUGCUGCUGGAGGCCGGUUUCCUCUGCAUACUGCUCGCACCGACCCGGCUAACCGACCGCCGGCAUCCGAUGGAGGAUAUUGCGCUGCUGCUGCUGAAGUGGCUCGUGUUUCGCUUCAUGUUCGCGUCCGGGUCGGUGAAGUUAGCCAGCGGUUGCCCACUCUGGUGGUCGCUGGAUGGGUUGAAGCGGCACUACGAAACGAUGCCACUGCCGACGUCCUACAGCUGGUACACGUACCAGCUGCCGGAUGCGUUUCAUCGCGCCAGCACGAUCUACGUGUAUCUGAGCGAGCUGGUCGUCCCGUGGCUGUUCUUCGCACCGAGCAAAGCGGUGCGCCGUUUCGCCCUCUGGUGGCACGUGUUUCUUCACCUCAACAUUAUCGGUUGCGGGAAUUACGGAUUUUUGUCACCGCUCGUACUGACCCUGCUACUAACGCUGCUGGACGAUGGGGACGGAAUAGUAGUGUGGCUGCACGAACGGAUUUCCGACGAACCACGACAAUCUUCUCGGGGAAAGGAACGCAACCAGCUGAAAAUCGCUGACGGCGAUCGGUACGGUGGACGACUUGUGAAGGUGAUUGCUUUGCUGAUGGUUGCGGGAUCGUGGCUUUGCUUCAGCAUCGGAUCUUCGGACGAAGGCCAGCUUACGUUUAAGCCAUCCUUCUCGCGAGACCAGUAUCUGAACUUCAUGCAGGCCAUGAUACGAGCCGCACCGUUGCUUGUGUUUGUGCUUAUGGUUCGAAAGUUCCUGAAGCUUCUCUCCUCCCAGGACAGUGUAGGAAGUUUGGCCGACGGAAUGCGACAGUUUUCGAAAAAUCUUGGACUACUAAUUUCCACCAUAGUUGCGUUCACGGUGUUUUUUAUGUCGAUUGUACCACACUCCCGGUUGCUGCCGAGCACCUCCAUCUCUUCGACCGUGAUGACACGCGCCUACGGUGGUCUGCACAGCCUGUACGUCGUGAACCAGUACGGGCGCCACCUUUCGAAGAUGCGCCCGAUGAGGCGAGAAAUUAUUCUCGAAUAUUCGGACGAUCUGAACGGUACCUGGCACGAGUACGGCUUUCAGUACAAACCGUGGACGACCGAGCGUUCCUCAUCGCUGGCGUACGGGUGGCUUUAUUUCCCGCGGUUCGAUUUCAAAUUUUACGACGGUUCCGGUUCGAAAAUCGAUGCACAAAAGUGGAUGUACCCGCUGAUCCAACGGUUGCUCGAACAUCAGCGCCCGGUGCUGGAUCUUCUCGACGGGCAUCACAUCCCAGCGCAGGCACCGAAGUACAUCCGAACCUCACUGUAUCGCUUCGCUUACACAUCGUUCGCGGAUGGGGAUUUCUGGACGCGGGAAAGACUCACGGACUAUUUCAAUGUGUUCUCGCGCGACGAUACCCAUCUGCGGGAGAAGCUUAAACAGAUGAACUUCCGGCAGACGGUGGAACCCUCUGGUGGAUCGUGGAACUGGCUGUUACGGUGGCUGUUGGAUGCAACACGGCGUUUCGUAGGUGCCAUCGAGGGAAGUUAUCUGUUGGUGGGACUGUUUGUAGCCGCCGGUAUGGUUAUCUACACCCAGCAACAGCACCAGCGUACCGGCCAGUCUACUUAA